AUGUCAACAUCAUCUUCUAAACAAGAUGUUAGUGAUGAUGAAUUUGAAAGUGCAGAUGAAGGUGAACCAACAUCUCCUAUUGUAACCAAACCUCCAACUCCACCUCCACCUCCUACUAUAACCAAACCUCUAACUCCACCUCCACCUCCUGUUAUAACCAAACCUCCAACGCCACCUCCACCUCCUGUUAUAACCAAAUCUCCAACUCCACCGCCACCUUCACCAUCUCCUCCUCCUCCUCCUCCUUCUAAUCCAAUUCGAUCAACUAUUAUUGACAAUCAGGUGCAAUCGAAAUCUAUUUCAUCACCAGUAACUGAUGGUUGGGGUGAUUGGAAUAUUGACGAUGAUGAACAACCAAUUGAAAUUUCCAAACCAUCACAACCAGAUUCAAUAUCUUCACGAUCAUCAUCACCUUCAAAAACAGGUGGUAGUUUAUCACAAAUUGGUUCUGAUGAAGAUGAUCAAUCGGAAUUAGCUAAUCAACAACGUUUACAACGAAAAAAAUAUCGUAAAAAACAAAUGGAAUCAAAUUUAAAUAAAGAAGAAAAUAAAAUAACUACACAUGCAAUACCUCGUCCAACUGAACGACAAGAUGAAGAAAUAUCAUCAAUACCAACAACGACAACAAAUAAACAUAAUGCUAAAGAUGCAUAUCAUGUCUUAGAUCGACUUGCUGAUCAACCUCAAACACGAGCACCAACUUGGCAUAAUCCUUGGAGUAAUUUUGGAUCAUUUUUAUCAAAUGCGAAACAAAGUGUUACAACAUUAACAAGUACUGUUAGUGAAGGUUUUAGUGCAGUUAUAGAAUCCGUUGAAGCUGGUCUUGGUGCACCUGAUCCACAACAAUUAGCAGAAAUGAAUCGAAUGGCUUUUAAAAUUAAAGGUGAAACAUCAGAUAGUGAAGAUGACCCGGAUCCAUCAACUAUUUCAACAGAAAAAGUCGAUUCAGUUACAAAUCAAGAUGGUUGGCUUAAUGCAUUAAGUUUAGAUAAAUUAACAACGACCGGUAUGAAAGUUGUUUCCGGCAGUCUUGAUGUUCUUGAAACUGUUGGAAAAAAAACAUUUGACGUUAUUAAUGAAGCUGAUCCUGAUUUACGAGGAACACGACGUUUAUUAAGUAAACAAAAACAACCGACACUAUCUGAAAUAAUUCGUGAAGCAAAAAAUGAAAAAGGCAAUGAAGUAAUUGUAGUAAAAAAAGAAAUGGCAACAUUUUUACACUUAUUCGAAAAACAUGCAGGUUUAGCUCAUUUUGAAGCACUUGAAUUAUUAUCAAAUCAAUCAUCAUUUGUCUUACAAACAAUGAAAUCAGGAAAUGAAAAUGUACUGGAACAAAUUGAAACUUACUUUCAAAUCAAUGAUGAAGAAGAUAAUGAUGAAGAUAUCGAAAUUACUAAUAAAUUAAAUACUCUAACAACAAAUGAUGAUCAUGAUAAUAAUCAAAUACCAACUUUAGAUAUUUUAUCACAAAAAUUUACAGCAUAUCAAACACAAUUACGUUCAACAAUAUCAGUCGAUAAACUUCUUGAAGUUUAUGAAUCAGCUAAUGAAUUUAUUAAAGAAUGGGAUUGGAUGGAUACUGAAUUAGAUCAAAAAACAUUAGCUGAUGAAGCUAUUGAUUGUUUAGCUAUAUUAUGUGCACGUAUUAUUGAAUAUUAUCGUAAAACAGCUGAAUUAUUUAUAAUGGGUUGUAAAAGUUUAACAUCAUUUUCAAUUGAUAUUGAAUUAUUAGCUAUUUAUGAAAAACAACAAAAAGAUUUUUCGAAUAUGCUUGCUGGUAUACCAAAUUUAUUUGCUAAAUAUAUGAAACAAGUAUCAAAUAUGUCACCAAAUGGUACUGAUAUACCAAUAAGAUGUGAUGGAAAAUUUAAACAAAAACUUCUUAAUCAAAUGUUUAUUCAAUCAUCUAGUUCACAAACAUAUGCUUCGGAUGCAUAUCUUUUACUUAAACCUAUUGUUAGUCAAUCAAUUUUAUAUCAUACAUCAACAACACGAUAA